AGCUCAGGCUGCUCUGCAGGUUGGCGGAGAGGGGAGGAGGAGCGGAGCGAGAAGUAGGUUGCUAGCUCAGCACAGGCUCCUGCGCCGGCUCCGGGGCUGAGUUUGGGAGAUGUCUGAGAAGUGAAUUUUUUUCCCCCCCGAAGGCAAAUGGCUGGCGUGGAAGCACAACCCGCUUUCACUCUUCGGAUUUGUGCUUAGCUCUUUUCUUGCACCUUGAGACUCGUGACCAACAUGCUGUGAUGUGUGCCGAGGGAGGAAUUGUAAAGCUGGAGACCACAGGCUUGGAGUAAGAUCCUCAGGUGAGCAGGUCAAUAUAUUCACUGGGUUUUGACAGGUCAGCUACACAGCCUGGAUCUCACCACAGUUUGGACAUGGCUGAGGCUCUCCAAUGGGCCAGAUAUCACUGGCGACGGCUGAUUGGAGGUGCAACCAGGGAUGAUGAUUCGAGGCCAUAUAACUAUUCUUCAUUGCUUGCCUGUGGGUGCAAGUCCUCACAGUCCCCUAAACUGGCAGGAAGGCACCGGAUUGUUGUUCCCCACCUCCAACCCUUCAAGGAUGAGUAUGAGAAGUUCUCUGGAGCCUAUGUGAACAAUCGAAUACGAACAACAAAGUACACGCUUCUGAAUUUUGUGCCAAGAAAUUUAUUUGAACAAUUUCACAGAGCUGCCAAUUUAUAUUUCCUGUUCCUAGUUGUCCUGAACUGGGUACCUUUGGUAGAAGCCUUCCAAAAGGAAAUCACCAUGUUGCCUCUGGUGGUGGUCCUUACAAUUAUCGCAAUUAAAGAUGGCCUGGAAGAUUAUCGGAAAUACAAAAUUGAUAAACAGAUCAAUAAUUUAAUAACUAAAGUUUAUAGUAGGAAACAGAAAAAAUACAUUGACCGAUGCUGGAAAGACGUUACUGUUGGGGACUUUAUUCGCCUCUCCUGUAACGAGGUCAUCCCUGCAGACAUGGUACUACUCUUUUCCACUGAUCCAGAUGGAAUCUGUCACAUUGAGACUUCUGGUCUUGAUGGAGAGAGCAAUUUAAAACAGAGGCAGGUGGUUCGCGGAUAUGCAGAACAAGACUCUGAAGUUGAUCCGGAGAAGUUUUCCACUAGGAUAGAAUGUGAAAACCCAAACAAUGACCUCAGCAGAUUCCGAGGCUUCCUAGAACAUUCCAACAAAGAACGCGUGGGUCUCAGUAAAGAAAAUUUGUUGCUUAGAGGAUGCACCAUUAGAAACACAGAGGCUGUUGUGGGCAUUGUGGUUUAUGCAGGCCAUGAAACCAAAGCAAUGCUGAACAACAGUGGGCCACGGUAUAAACGCAGCAAAUUAGAAAGAAGAGCAAACACAGAUGUCCUCUGGUGUGUCAUGCUUCUGGUCAUAAUGUGCUUAACUGGCUCAGUGGGUCAUGGAAUCUGGUUGAGCAGGUAUGAAAAGAUGCAUUUUUUCAAUAACCCUGAACCCGAUAGACAUAUCAUAUCACCACUGUUGGCAGGAUUCUAUAUGUUUUGGACCAUGAUCAUUUUGUUACAGGUCUUGAUUCCCAUUUCUCUCUACGUUUCCAUCGAAAUUGUGAAGCUUGGACAAAUAUAUUUCAUUCAAAGUGAUAUGGAUUUCUACAAUGAGAAAACAGAUUCUACUGUUCAAUGCCGAGCCCUGAACAUUGCCGAGGAUCUGGGACAGAUUCAGUACCUCUUUUCUGAUAAGACAGGAACCCUCACUGAGAAUAAGAUGGUUUUUCGAAGAUGUAGUGUGGCAGGAUUUGAUUAUUGCCAUGAAGAAAAUGCCAAGAGGUUGGAGUCCUAUCAGGAAGCUGUCUCUGAAGAUGAAGAUUUUACAGACACACUCAGUGGUUCCCUCAGCAAUAUGGCAAAACUGAAAGCCCCCAGCUGCAGGACAGUUCAUAAUGGGCUUUUGGGAAAUAAGUCCUCAAAUCAACUUGCUGGGAGCUCUUUUACUCUAGGAAGUAGAGAAGGAGCCAGUGAAGUGCCUCAUUCCAGACAGGCUGCUUUCAGUAGCCCCAUCGAAACAGAUGUGGUACCAGACACCAGGCUUUUAGACAAAUUUAGUCAGAUUACACCUCGGCUCUUUAUGCCACUAGAUGAGACCAUCCAAAAUCCACUACUGGAAACUUUGUACAUCAUCGACUUCUUCAUCGCAUUGGCAAUUUGCAACACAGUAGUGGUUUCUGCUCCUAACCAACGCAGACAAAAGAUCAGGCACCCUUCACUGGGGGGGUUGCCCAUUAAGUCUUUGGAAGAGAUUAAAAGUCUUUUCCAGAGAUUGUCUGUCCGAAGAUCAAGUUCACCAGCGCUUAACAGUGGGAAAGAGCCAUCUUCUGGAGUUCCAAACGCCUUUGUGAGCAGACUCCCUCUCUUUAGUCGAAUAAAACCGGCUUCACCUGUGGAGGAAGAGGUCUCCCAGGUGUGUGAGAGCCCCCAGUGCUCCAGUAGCUCAGCUUGCUGCACAGAAACAGAGAAACAACACAGUGAUGCAGGCCUUCUGAAUGGCAAGGCAGAGUCCCUCCCUGGACAGCCAAUGGCCUGCAACCUGUGUUAUGAGGCUGAGAGCCCAGACGAAGCGGCCUUAGUGUAUGCUGCCAGGGCUUACCAGUGCACUUUACAGUCUCGGACACCAGAGCAGGUCAUGGUGGACUUUGCUGCUUUGGGACCAUUAACAUUUCAACUCCUACACAUCCUGCCAUUUGACUCAGUAAGAAAAAGAAUGUCUGUUGUGGUCCGGCACCCCCUUUCCAAUCAAGUUGUGGUGUAUACAAAGGGCGCUGAUUCUGUGAUCAUGGAGUUACUGUCAGUGGCUUCCCCAGAUGGAGCAAGUCCGGAAAAACAGCAGAUGAUAAUAAGGGAGAAAACCCAGAAGCACUUGGAUGACUAUGCCAAACAAGGACUUCGUACUUUAUGUAUAGCAAAGAAGGUCAUGAGUGACACUGAAUAUGCAGAGUGGCUGAGGAAUCAUUUUUUAGCUGAAACCAGCAUUGACAACAGGGAGGAAUUACUACUUGAAUCUGCCAUGAGGUUGGAGAACAAACUUACAUUACUUGGUGCUACUGGCAUUGAAGACCGUCUGCAGGAGGGAGUCCCUGAAUCUAUAGAAGCUCUUCACAAAGCGGGUAUCAAGAUUUGGAUGCUGACAGGGGACAAGCAGGAGACAGCUGUCAACAUAGCUUAUGCAUGCAAACUACUAGAGCCAGAUGACAAGCUUUUUAUCCUCAAUACCCAAAGUAAAGAUGCCUGUGGGAUGCUGAUGAGCACAAUUUUAAAAGAACUUCAGAAGAAAACUCAAGCCCUGCCAGAGCAAGUGUCAUUAAGUGUAGAUUUACAUCAGCCUCCUGUCCCCCAGGACUCCGGGUUACGAGCUGGACUCAUUAUCACUGGGAAGACUCUGGAGUUUGCUCUGCAAGAAAGUCUACAAAAGCAGUUCCUGGAACUGACAUCUUGGUGUCAAACUGUGGUCUGCUGCCGAGCCACACCUCUGCAGAAAAGUGAAGUGGUGAAAUUGGUCCGCAGCCAUCUCCGGGUGAUGACCCUCGCCAUUGGUGAUGGUGCCAAUGAUGUUAGCAUGAUACAAGUGGCAGACAUUGGAAUAGGAGUCUCAGGUCAAGAAGGCAUGCAGGCUGUGAUGGCCAGUGACUUUGCCGUUUCUCAGUUCAAACAUCUCAGCAAGCUCCUUCUUGUCCACGGACACUGGUGUUAUACACGGCUUUCCAACAUGAUUCUCUAUUUUUUCUAUAAGAAUGUGGCCUAUGUGAACCUCCUUUUCUGGUACCAGUUCUUUUGUGGAUUUUCAGGAACAUCUAUGACUGAUUACUGGGUUUUGAUCUUCUUCAACCUCCUCUUCACAUCUGCCCCUCCCGUCAUUUACGGUGUUUUGGAGAAAGACGUGUCUGCAGAGACCCUCAUGCAACUGCCUGAACUUUACAAAAGUGGUCAGAAAUCAGAGGCAUACUUACCCCGUACCUUCUGGAUCACCUUAUUGGAUGCUUUUUAUCAAAGCCUGGUCUGCUUCUUUGUGCCUUAUUUUACCUACCAGGGCUCAGAUAUUGACAUCUUUGCAUUUGGAAACCCCCUGAACACAGCUGCUCUGUUCAUCAUUCUCCUCCAUCUGAUCAUUGAAAGCAAGAGUUUGACUUGGAUUCACAUGCUGGUCAUCACUGGUAGCAUCUUGUCUUAUUUUUUAUUUGCCAUAGUUUUUGGAGCCAUGUGUGUAACUUGCAACCCACCAUCCAACCCCUACUGGAUUAUGCAGGAGCACAUGCUGGAUCCAGUAUUCUAUUUAGUUUGUAUCCUCACAACAUGCAUUGCUCUUCUGCCCAGGUUUGUAUACAGAGUUCUUCAGGGAUCCCUGUUUCCAUCUCCAAUUCUGAGAGCUAAGCACUUUGACAGACUAACUCCAGAGGAGAGGACUGAAGCUCUCAAGAAGUGGAGAGGGGCUGGAAAGAUGAAUCAAGUGACAUCAAACUAUGCUAACCAAUCAGCUGACAAGUCAGGAAGAAGACCCAUGCCUGGCCCUUCUACUGUAUUUGCAAUGAACUCAGCAACUUCCUGUGCUAUUGAGCAAGGAAACUUAUCUCUGUGUGAAACUGCUUUAGAUCAAGGCUACUCUGAAACUAAGGCCUUUGAGAUGGCUGGACCCUGCAAAGAUUAAGAAAGCUAGACACCCUCCUUGGAGUUGCAAGUAUUCUUUCAAGGUUGGAAGAGGGAUUUUGAAGAGAUAUCUCUCCAAGCAAGAAUGACUAGUUUUUCCAUAAGGGACAUGAGCAUUUUACUAGGCUUGGAAGAGCUGACAUGAUGACCAUUAUUGUAUGUUUGUAUAUACAUUUGUAAUAGAGGGCUAGAGUUUGACCUAGACAGAGUGUAAGGAAGUGAAAUAUUUAAUUCAGAACCAAAUGCUUUUGUAAAACUUUUUGGAUUUUGUAAAAGCAUUUUCAUUCUCUUAGAAAUUCAAAUAUUUUCAAGGGGAGUCAUUUGAGAUAUAUUUAUUUUACUAGGAGAUCUUAUAUUCUAGAGAAAUGCUUUAAAUGAUCAGGCUCCAAUCUGAAUUUUUUUAUUGAGAAAAAAGUAGUUUUUAAUGAAUUGGUUAGGACUCGGAGGAAAUACGGAAAAAACGUAGAUGGUUAAUUUACAAGUAAAAUCCCAAGAGCCUUUUAAACAAGGUACCUAAAAUAGGGUAUAAUUAUACUGCUUAAAAUACAAUUAGUGUCUAUGAAUAGCUUUUUAUUUUCUGUGGGAAGAUGCUUUAGGUCUUCUGACUGAAGAUGUAGGCAUUUCUCUCUGCUCAUUUCAGUGAUUUCCUGAGGUGGAGCCUUCAUUGGAAAGGGGAAAGAGGGAUUCUAGGGUUUCAUCAGGGACCAGGAAUGCAUUCCUCUCUCAGGUUCCAAUCAAGAGAAGACCUUUUAUGAGAUCUGCCUCUGUAUAGAUGUUGUCAGUUAGGAAACUGAAGCCAUAGAUCAGGCAGACAAACAGCCCAUUGGGCAAUUUCCUGUAUUUUAAAACUGACAAUAGCCUGAUCGAAGUGAUACAAUCAAUUUCAAAACAAUCUUCCAGAGGCCACUUGAAGGUUCAUAGUUUUUACAAUACCCUGAGACUUUUCAGGUGUUGGAGCCUCUAAAAUAUGAGAUAUAAACUGAAACUAAUACAGGUUAUUCUCUGGAGGUUUCUAUGAGGUUCUUAGAAAAAUUUGGUUUUAAAAUACAUUUGAGGACAGGAAUGUCUAUAGCAAGUUUACUGCUAUUGCAAAUCAUGUAUGCCGGCUUUAGUUGUAACAAACAAACUACUUUACGCUAAGUAAGGCCAGGUGCUACUAUAAAAUCAUAUAUUCCUGUUGAAGUUCUUUUGAAAUCCUUUCUCUAUUUAUUAUAUUUGAAAGUUGUCAGCCACCAAUCAUCCAGAAUUUCCUUCCUGAAUCUCCAUGCUCAUAUGCAACGUCUGCAUCAAGGUCUUCUUAAUGACUGUUAUUCUCAGGGUUUAGUUUUCUACCUUCUGCCUACUAUUUUGGUCUAACAUUUUUGUAGCCUUCUGUUUCUCUUGCAAAUAGUCUUUUACAUAAGCUGAUUUCUAGAACUUUCAAAAUCUCACAUAGUUAAUGGAAGUUGCUUUCUGCUUUUUAUAAAUAAACUAUUUCAUAGUUUUUAUAAAUAAACUAUUUCAUAAAUAAUGUAUACUGAAAAAUCAUCAUCACUCUUAUAAACAUUUGCCAAAUCCAACUGUAAUUAGUACCAGAACUUAGAAGGAAAGUCACAAAGCAUGCCUUUUACCAGAAUAUUGCUUUUGCCUUAUAUGGAAAAUCACUGAUGUCAUAUCAUUUAUUAUCCUCGCAGCAGUUGGCAUUCAUUCCCUGAGAUUGUUGUCUCCUGAUAAACAAUAAUUUAGAGGUAUGUUCACUUGUAAAUAAAAAGGUUAGCAUCUAAGGACAAAGAAUGAGCCAAAAACACUAAGGAAAAAGAUCAAUUUUCAGAAUUGAAUUAUCUGUACCUAUGAAUAGAGGAAAAUACUGAGUGCUAAUGUGAUAGGGUCACAAUCUUGUAUCCACAAUUCCAAAACCUCCAAACCUCUGAAAACUGAAAUAUUUUUAUAAAUUAGGCCUAAAUUCUAUGCCCUGAACAAAUGUAAAGCUAUUUAUGUACUUAAUGUAAUCAUUCAUAUACUUUGCUACAAAUAUAUUAUUUCAUUACUGAGUGCUAAACUGUAUUUCCUUUUAAAAUUUGGAAAAUUUUGAAUUCUAAAACACAUUUAGACCUUAACCUAAAGAGGCUGGGAUCUGUAUGAAGCUUUCAAAGGGUCACGUUUACAAGUCAAUAACUCUUUUACAUAAAGUUACCCAAGCUGAUGCGAUCUGGUGUCCAGUGUAUUUCACCAAAUUUGGGGGGGACCAAGUAUUAUAUCAUUGCUGUCAGUAGAUAAGAAAAUUGAUUAAUAGUAUACAUUUUGGGAUAUAAUCUUAUACAAAGGAUUUAUAAAAUAAUUGUAUUGGGUUCCCAAAAUGUACUCUAGACAUUAAAGAUCUGUGUGCCCUUACCAGGACGAAAGUUCCCACUGGACACUCAAUGGGUACUGUGAGACUAUUAGCAACCUCUAAUUUCAGACCAGUCAAGGAGCCACUGAUCCUCCAAAAUGAAAGAGCAUGAACCUGUGAGAGUGAGAGAUAAGCGAGGUGAACUGUGAUGGGUAAACAGGCUGCCAGCAUGCUGUUAGAGAGACAGAAACAAUUUCUUAGAACUUGCCACCCAUAUCCAUAAAAAAAGGUGAUUAGACCAUUUUAGUUGUAUUAAGAAUUAUUUAAACUAAGUAUAAUACGUGUAUUUCACUGAGCCUAAGUUGAGCGAGGCCAAAAGUUGAUACAUUGAAUAUGUACCUACAACAAAACUGACAAACGUUCUUGAACUUUCACAACAUUGUGACCGCAAUUCAGUUGCUAGAUUUCACACUCUCCUUAGGUUUAUACAAACUGCAGGACAGGAAAUGAAUAAUAUAGAAAUUGCUAAAACAACUUUUUGAAUUUCAAAUAUGUUUACACAUAGAAAAGAUACAAAAAUACAUGUAUAACAUUGCACGUAGUAUCUAUUUGGAAUGCUGAGGCAGUCCAGCUUGCUGGUGGAGGUUAGUAGGGAAUCCUAGUUGUUUAAAAGGCAAAAUGGAUGCCUAAUUAAAUUAAGUAUAUACGAAGAUUUGUGUUUUAAAGCUUUUUAGUGGGGAAAAAUACUUUUUACCACUAAUUGCUUCAGAAAUUGAGUUGUGUAAAGUGGCCUAGAGCUAAAAGUCACUUCUAAAAUUUUAAUGACCAACGAGAAGAAACCAGAUAUUAAACAUCUUUUGAGGAAAGUUACAAAAUGUUUUACUCCAUGCAAAGUUUUACUGUGCUCUAAAAUAUGCUUUUUAUGACUUUGUUGGUAUGGAUGAACACAAGAAAACUGAAAAGUAAAUUUAAGCGAGGGAUGCAAAUUAAUUUUCUUUUUAAAAAAUUGCAUCUCUCGUCUAAAUUCUCCUUUGCAAAGUUUAAUAUCCAGUUCUUUGCCACAUAAGUAAAACAAAAUAUUGUCCAUAAAUAUUGAUCUAGUUGUUGCAAUCUCAAUCAGCCAACUGAUAUAUCCUGAACAAACCCAGCUAUGAGGAAAGUUCUAUAGAGACUCUUCUAUAAAAUUAGAAUCUUGAUAUACAUCCAGAAUGGGGUCCUAUAAAGUCAAGUGUUAAUAUUGAUAUCUAAAUAACUCUGCAUUCAAUAUGUCUUGCUACCUAAAUGGAUGAUAUUGGUCUUUUAUUGCUGUCUUUCAUCAGUUCUCAGAAUGAUGCAAACAUUAGAAGGGUAAUAGUAAAUACUUCAAAUGUGUAAAUUAUCUUGGCUUUUAAUAAAUCAAAAGCAAGUCUCCAAUGUUACACUGAAAUUUACCACUAUGCACUGA